UGGAAACAAAAAUAGUCUGAACAGUUAGAUCACGUGCUGCACGUGACCAUCGCUAGAUCUACUUGCUUGGAGACUGCUGGAUUAUCGGUUGCUGAUAUUUCUCUGGUAUUACACGCCGCAGAGAUCACGAUUGUUUAUGAUUUGAAAAUAUAGCACUGGUUUACAGAAUGGCUGAACUUGACAAAGAAUCCCUGUCAGUCCAAUGCACUGAGACCAACUGCCAUUCAGGCACGGAUGUCCUGGCUGCCAUUGCUGGGCUGACUGACCACCAGAUCCUCCCCGAGGAAGUCCAGAAUCUGUAUGAUGAUGUCCAAGAACUUGUCCAGAAGAGCCGUGUGAAGGACGAGUACGUCAAUGACCUGAACCUGAAGAUAUAUCGUCUGGAGAAAGAAAACAAGGAUCUGAGGCAGCCAGUGAAUAUCUUCAGUCAGAGUCAAGGGAACAUCAGAAGCAUGGGGUCAGGUUGUGAUAAUGUUGAUGAAGAUAAUCGGGUGGAUCGGGACAUCAUCCAGAGCCUGCUCCUGAAGCUGGGGAAUUUGGGUAAUGAGAACAAGGAGCUGCGUGACAUGUAUCGGAGAGUGGUGGAGAAGAAUGAUGUGAUGGAGGGAGUUGCCCGGCAGUGUGCUGAUCUACAGGAGUUGAACUCCCAGCUUCAGCAGGAGGUUGAAAAGCUGCGGUGGGUGGAGACUCUGUACGACCAGAAGGAGAGGGAGUGGGGACUCAGCCAGAAGAAGACACAGGAGCUGCAGCGACUCCUCAACAUCCUCAAGGACAACACCCAGAGAUCCUUCAACACUCCCCAGUCUCCUCUCACAGAGGAGGACUGCCCUUAUGAUUCUAGUAUUCAUCUCCAGGAACAGGCCAUCCGUCCUUUAAAACGUGGCCGAUUUGUGAUGGAGAAGAGUUGUCCAUAUGAGUGUUCCAAGUGCUCCAAGUUCUUCCAAUCCAAGGAGGUUUCCGAGGAGUCCACGUGUUGCUACCACCACAUGAAGCCUGUGAAGGCCAUCCUGCGACGUGGAAGUGGCACUGUCGAUCCUGUUAGUUCCCCUGACUGGUUUUGGCCAUGUUGUCAGAAGAUUGGAAGAAAUGCGGUAAAAUGUGUUCAAAACACCAGUCACAGGUUCAACGUUGAUAGUGGUAAAAAUCCAGAGAGGUAAAAUUAAUUUUGGAUAAUUAGAUGACAAUCAGCUCCUUGAAGCUGCUGCUGAAUCUGCUACACAUUAUGUAAGGCUGUCUCAGUGUGACAUUUACGACUUUACAUAUACAUGUCCGUAUCAGCUGAGGGUGAUGUAUACCUGUACCUAUUGAUGGUCAAAUACACACAUGUACAGAAUGUACAUGAUUUACAGCUACCAAUCAACUGGAAAGUACAAAUUAUAAUGUUAUGAUAAGUCAUGAGUCCAGAUUCACAAAGGGAUCGUAGCGCUAUGACUGUUUAAAGUCAGUGUUACUAUGGGAGUUAAAACGGCAAUUCCUUGCCAAGAAAUAACAUGCCAAGCAGAAGCAAGUUUUAUUUGCCAGUCCUGAAAAUUUAGGCAAGAUUAUCAAUCCCUAAUCAUAUGUUAUUGAUCAUGAGUAAAUAAAACAGUUCAGUGACAAAAUUUAUGUCAUAGUUACAAACCUGCCAUAGAGUGAUUUUAUACUAGUUCAAAUCAAACCAAAUCCAAAUGUGAUAAAGUUUAUCGUUUUUAUAUUGGUUGAAAGUAAGACAAACACACUUUCUGCAUGUAUGUGCCUUUCUAGGAUGGUGCUGUGAUAGCUAGAGCUGUUUACACAUACUGAAGUAGAUCCAAGUCUUUAACCAUACAUGUUGCAAAAUAGUCUAACACUGUUGUGUCGAACUUUUAUGUGUCCAACUUACGGUUUUGUCGAAGAAAAAACUUGGUCUCUGCAUAUUCCUUGUUAAGUCAUCAUUUUCGGUUGUGUCAAACCUCGGAUAUCUCGAAGUCCCUUCCACUUCGACACAACUGUGUUUGUCUGUAAUAUCCCCAUGUUAUGGGUUUUCGGACGCUUAAGAAACAUUCGUAGUUUUCUCGCUAAUCAAAAGAACAACCGUAAGACAUCUCACUCUCUUAUAAAAGACAACUUUAUCUUAAAAAUCAAGUCAUCAUCUGAGUAUUUACAAUGUCUGUGUGACGCCACAACCCUUGUUAUAGCGGGAGUACUCGCAAUAAACAUGGCCGUCCGAAAAGAAUGGAUCCGACGAUACAAAUCUUGAUUAGAAUAUUGUUAUACCUGACAUGAAGGGACUCUGUGACAAGUGAAAUCUUGACACUUUCAUGUAUUUGAAUCUUAUUCUAUCAUCAAAAGUCAAUCACAACUUUUUUAGGUAAAGUGAAGUCAAACUAACAAUGGCCUUAGUUAGAACUGUUGAACUACGUACAGUUCGAAAGUAGUCUUUUACCAUUUAUUCUCAUACCAUGUGUGUACAUCCAUUUUACACAUUCUUAGGUCACAGCACCGAGUUUGUUAUUUUGAUCCUGGUGUACAACAAUGGCAUCCAGAUAAGGUACUUCUACAAAGACACUUAUGAAACAGUGCUGCUCGAUCUCUGACAACAAAUUUAAACUUGUUGUGUAUGUUUUUCAUAAGCGUCCCCCAUUGUCGUUUUUCUAAGCACCCAGGCGCUUUUUACAAGAUAAGGUAAAUGAUAAAUAAAUUUUGGAACUAUCAUGGCAGAUUCCAGGGAUUUAUCUGGAACUGCUGAGGGGCUGAUAUUCUGCCCAAUUCUACAGCUCAUGUCACUAACAUUCCCAAAUUGGAAUUAAAAAUUUCCCAUUUCAUGUUAUCAUUAUGAACAUGACAACUGCAGUAACAGUUUUGUGGAGUCACAUGCUUGUCACUGAUUACAGGACCCGUACAUGACGAAGAGGCUUGUAUGCUUAGUUAUACCUUAUUGAACUGAAUGGAAUGAAUAGUAAACAACAAUGUUAAUCACCCCUUCAUUUAAGAAUGUAAAAACUUCAAAAUAUCCCAAUUUUGAAAAAAAAUAAAUUUCUCCUCAAUUUACCUGCUAAGAAUAUGUUUUCAUAUGAAUAACGUUUGAAACUUGAAAGCUUAAGAAAACGCAGGAAAAUUAUCAAUGAGAUAUGCCUAUUGCAAGCCUGUUCAGCAAUGAUUUUAUGAAGAUCAUUGCUCCCAGUCAGCUGAAUACAGCGAGUCCCUGCUGUCCCACCCCCAUGUUGAACCACACCUUAGUUUUCCUGUAUCAUGUAGUUGUGAAGAUGGGACCAAGGUCAGUUUGGUCCUCUUGUAUAAUAUUACAUUUACAUCGGUGUUAUGUGUGUGUGUUAUUCUCUUAUUAAUGCUUUAGUAGUAUGUGUGUGUUAUUUUAGGCAUUGAUGGAGACUUCAUUUUUACUUAAACCAGGUCAUAUCGGUUGUUAUUUUAGUUAAGCUUUGAUGGAGGCAGGGCUGUAGUGAUUUUCCUCCACAUUGAGACAAGUCUGAUAACGAUAAUUGUAAAUGAAUACUUAAACAUGGGUGUAUUUCUAGAUACAUACCAACAUAUAUACUCUUGCCUGUUUGUAUGCGCACAAAUUUCCAAAAAGUUGUCACAGAAAUAAACUCACAAUAAUCAUAACUCCCAAUAAUAAGUACAUUUUGGGGGUUCAAAAUAUUGAGUUAAUCCUUACACUGCUCGCAUUGUCAGGAGGCACCAAGAAUGAGCUUACUCCACUGUGCCCAUGUGGGGAAUUGAACUCAGAUCAUAGAUUUGAUCAGCCAAUACAUUAUCCACUGCCCCUGAAGACAGCAUAUACAUUAACAGCGUAUAUUGGGAUGAGGGUAUAAAUAUCUACUCAAAGAGGUAAACAUCCUUGAUUGUCUGGUGUAUAAAAUCUUCAUUCGUUUAACAUGAUUAAGACCCUGUACUCAUCAGCUACCAUAGUUUCGUUUGAAGCCCAAUUCGUAUAGCACAACACUUGAAAUAACUGUCCAGUUAAAUUGCUCUCACAAUUGAGAAAUCAUCAGCGUUGACUUCAGGUAGGAGUGAUGGAGGUGGCUACAUCUAUUCUGAAAUGAAGCCUUCGUAGCUAGUGUCUUCAUGGUAUUGAUCACUAUAGAGUUGAUGAGGAUGAGACAGAGUGAAUAUCUAAGGCUCAACAUACCAACUUAGUACUGCUCACUUGGACAAGAUACUAUUAGAUUGUUUACAAUUUUGCAUGCAAUGCUGUCAUGACAAUAGAUGUUUUUGUUUAUUGACAAUGGCAAUCACAAAGUUUUAAAACUAUUUGUUUUCUUAGCCAAACGAGAUUGUGCCAACUCCCUUUUUGUGAUGUAAUAAUGUACAUAUUUAUAUUGCGCCAGAUCCACAGUCUAAAGCAUGCUCAAAGUACUCCAUUAUUACCCUGGUCAAUGGAUCAGUGUGCACUUGAAUUUCUUUCUCAGUUCCUGGGGAGUAUACCGUUAGUUAGGGUGUCUUUAGUUUCUGUAUACGGUGUCAUAUUAGGUAAGCAGAAAAAUAUUGAGUGAGGUGUCCACCGAGCCCAAUAUUUUUUUGCUAACCUAAUAUGACACCGUACACGGAAACUAAAGACACCAUAACAAAUUUAUUAUGCCGGAAAGUUUACACUUUUUGUUAUCUUUGUCGCACAUGUCAUGUCAAAACUUAAAACUCAAAACUUUACACUUACAACCUAAGACUAAGGGUCUUCAAACCUCAGAGGUCAAACCUUGUUGAUAAUUUUAACUUUAUAUAAUCUUUAUUGAAGUCACGAACGUGAUCCAAUAAAACAUUAGUGUCCUUGAACAUCAAAAUUAAUGAUACAAAACACAAAACAGUGUCGAAUAAC